AUGCUGCACUUAAAUUCACUUACAUCGACACAAAAGACUCAGUUGAGGAAUGCAUUUGCGUUAAUAGACGGAGAGACCAAGGAUUCAGUCAUCACAAAGGACGAUUUACGCAAGUUGUACUCAACCUUGGGGUUACCACCACCCACAGAAGACCAACUAAACAGCAUGCUAGGCGAUGAAGACAAAGGGAUAAACUUCACCCAGUUUCUGAACAUCAUGGCUAAGGAGUUGCUGAAGUUUGAAGACAGAGCCGUGAUAUAUGAAGCACUCAAGACAUUCACCAACGACGAGAAGUCAACCGGAUUAACUAUUGACCUACAAGAGUUUAAAGAAGCCUGCUGUUCAGUACAACUAGGAGAAAUCGGAUCAGGAGAUCACCGAUUGUCGAGAUCGACAUUUGACAGAUUGGUACAAGGAUUUGUUCAAGAACAAGUCAAUGGUAAACAGGUUUUUUUAGCAACCAAGUGGUUGGAUGCUUAUAUAGACUAA